AUGACAGCGGAAGAAUUAGAAGAGUGGUUGAAAGGUGACAAAUCUCAGGGUACCGGCUGGAGCAAGUCUGAUGGCUCGGGAGAGAGUAUCGGCCACGAGAGUGGCCGUAAAAUUGUGGAAAUCCUGAAGAAGAAUCCCAAAAAAGAUUCUUCGAAAUAUACCGACGAAGAUGUGCAACAUAUGAGGAGAGUAGCCGCUUAUAACAAACGGCAUCUUGCUCAAGAAGAAAAGGCGAAACAAGACACCAACUCACGAUCCUAUAAGUCCUUGAAGAAUUGGGGCCAUGAUGCGCAAAAGUCGGCAUAG